AUGACGGACAAUCAGAACCACAGCAGGGAGAAAGGCAAAGGAGACCAAGAAACAAGCAUUGAGCUGACGAUCGUGCAGCCUGCCGCUGAGGUGACCCAGGAUGGCAUACCUGCAUCACCCACCAACACACAUACGCUCACUAACGAUGAAGAAGCUGAAAAGGAUGAACUUCCGUAUAAGCCAAAUUGCUGCACAGAUAGAGUUGAACAUUUGGAGGAGCAGAUCCUCGACUUCUACCAUGACAACCACAACACCAUCCACUGGAGCAUCUAUGGCAUCCUCCUCCUCCUCUACCUAGCUUACCUCAUCUACAUCCUGGCCCACGACGCCUACCAAGCCAUGCCCCUUUUCAUCAUCACAACCCUCCUCAUCCUCAUCCUGGCCUGGAGAUGGCUCUGGAGGCGCUUCUCCGGGGAGAUGCACACCUUCCUGGUCCGCUACUCCCAGUCGUUGUCACGGAAACGGAAGAUGACGAUAAAAGGGCUGGUAUAUUUUUUUGUAAACCUGACACUGGUGAUAUUGGCUGGAGUGACGGGGGUCUUUAAAUCACUGGCUUUGGAACCAGAACGUCUUAUCUCCAUCCUUGGAAUCUUCUUUAUGCUUUUCUGCAGUUUUCUCAUUUCCAAAUUCCCAGCUAGGAUAAGAUGGAAAACAGUGUUUUGGGGUAUCUACCUUCAGCUAUUUCUCGGAAUACUUAUCCUGAGGACGGAUCCAGGUUUCAUAGCUUUUAACUGGUUGGGUACAAACGUUGAGAUAUUCCUCAACUAUACCACGGCGGGUGCCGAGUUCGUCUUUGGUCCUGCCCCUCUCUCUCUGCACUCAUUUCUCUUUAUAGCUCUUCCGGUAAUAAUCUUCACCAGUUCAGUGUGUGCGUUGUUGUACUACAUGGGGGUAAUGCAGGUUAUCAUCAAGGGUCUGGCCUUUGUCAUGCAUUUCACCAUGGGCACGUCAGGAGCAGAAUCUUUCGCUGCUGCUUCCAACAUCUUCGUCGGAAUGACCACAGCACCCCUAGCAAUCAAGCCCUAUCUGAACGACAUGACAAACUCGGAACUGUUCUCCAUGAUGACCGGGGGAUUCGCCACCAUUGCUGGUAACAUGCUGGCAGUCUACAUCAGCUUCGGAAUCAACGCGGCCCACCUCCUCUCGGCAUCCAUCAUCUCUGCUCCGGCGGCACUGGCCAUCGCCAAGAUCAUCUACCCAGAGACUAGGAGACCCAAGACGGCGCGGGUUUUCAACGUGGAGACGGAGAAAGUUCCUGAAAGAAAUUGUUUGGAAGCAUUCUUCAACGGGGCGGCCGACGGCUUGAAAAUCUGUGCCUACAUCAUCUGCAAUAUCCUGGCUGUGAUAUCCUUCCUGGCUUUCAUCAAUGCUGUCCUCAAAUGGCUGGGAAACAUGGCUGGUGUAGAGAACUUUAGCUUUCAGCUGAUCUGUCGGUAUUUGUUUUUCCCUUUGGCAUGGAUCCUGGGCACAAAUCCCUCAGAAUGUGGAAUGGUAGCAGAACUAAUUGGCAUCAAGACUUUUCUCAAUGAAUUCAUCGCAUACAAGGAUCUAGCUGCUUAUAUCGAAGAUAACCAAGUCAGUCCAAGGACUCAAGUGAUUGCAACCUAUGCAUUGUGUGGUUUCACAAACCUUGGUAGUCUAGGUAUCAUGUUAGGUGCAAUGGUACCGCUCAUCCCACAGAGGGUGGCAGACAUUUCUCAGAUGGUGGUCAGGGCGCUCAUUGCUGGCAGCUUAGCAUGUAUGCUUACUUCUUGUGUUGCAGGACUUUUGUACGACCCAAGUAGGUCAUAUUUUGAUGGACCAAGCCCGUCUCUCACAACAUUAAUGCCCAACAUAACAUCGUUAACUCCAGUCAGCUAGAGAUGUAAUAUCUCAAAAUUAAUUUUCAAAUCCUGCCAUGUACUGUUAGUUUUCUUAUUUCUAGUAGUGGAGAUUAUCUUGCCAUGGUGUGUAUCGAUGCAUUUUUAUUUGGUUUAUUGUUAUACUGACCAUUUGGUAUUUGAAUGAUAAUCUCUUGAAUUGUAAAUUAUACCAUUCGAUUGUUCGGCAUUUUUUUUAUGUUUUUGAUGUGAGAAGUUCCUGGUUAAAAAAAUAUUACUGAUGCAUUUGACUAAUGCAGUAUUAUUGUGCAUGGAAUGGCCAGUAAAUGAGUCUAAUCAGUGAUAGCAAUAUCACAUGUGCAAGUACAUUGAUCAAGAUGGCAUCCAUUUGAAGUGGGGUAAAUUCAUCAUGUUUCCUGUUUUAAAGGAAUACAUAUGGAUCCUUACAAACCAUAUACUGUUGGAAAGCUUUAAACCCAAGGAAUUCCUAUUUAAUUUUGUCUACCAUAUGAUGGAAGUCAAAAGUGUCAUAAAAUACUUGAUUAGAAAAUGAAUACCCGGUAUGAGAAGUUUCAAAUUUUCAAUGUUGGAAAUGGGGUUACACUUCGUAAUUCCGAAGGUUCAUAAU